UUCCUUUACAUGUUCCUCACCGCCGUUCCGAGACUCCGAGCCAACCGCCGGGAGGGGAUUAUACACGUCGUACGCGGACGCCGCAGCCGGGCACGCCGGUCCACUGCCGACGCGCGACGCGCCACGCACCCCCACUCCGCCACUCACACUCGCCUACAAAUCAAUCUCAGUCCCGGGCCACGCGACGUCGGAACGCCAGUGAUGCGUGUUGACCGGGUCGAGCUGAUACACAUUCACCUCGAAGAAGCGGUUGUGCGCGCCACAGCGAAAGUUCUUAAACCUGGCGGCGCGGGGUCAGCAUUCACCUCACGUUGACGCACGAGUUGAGUUUCUUAAAGUUGGCGUCCACGAGCGCUUUCUCGCCGACCUCGACAAACCCGGCGUCCCCGGGCGUGAAAUACCGCCUGCUCUCGAGCGGGCCGUAGUUGACCUGCCGCGCGAGCUGGACCGCGAACGGCGCGGAGUCGAGCGCGGGCGAGGUGUCGAGGUCGAUGUCGGGGUUGGGCGAGGCCCACGACAUGAACUCUUUGAAGAGGCGCUCGUGGGUCAGCGUCUUGGGCCGGUACGGCGUGAUGCUUGUGCAGCAGAAGAGCGGGGCCAUGGUGUGUGUGUGGGGGUGAGUGGCGAGUGGCGAGUGGCGAGGGCAGAGGGAUCACAGCGUCGCGGCCUUCCUUAUACCCCCCGUGUCCGUCCUGCUGUUCGACAACGACGACGGCUAGUGUGUGAACCCCACAAGCCCAUACCUUGCCGUGUAGGUGCAUAGGUGGUAACUCGCUCGUGCUGGUUGCGGUCGCGACGCAAGGAUUCCUGCAUACCACACCUCCAUGCCGCUCUCUCGCCGUCGUCCACGGGGACAUACCGCACUUGGAUUGGGGGCUCGGACGAUGACAGCAGCGCGGUGUGGCCAAGGCAGCGAGCGCAUCACAGCUGUCUUGCAGUAGAUACAUAGUGAACGUAUCCCCCCUGGCGUGCCCCUGCGUCCGGUAGAGCUGCACUGCGAGCUUCACAGUGGCUUCGUUUGGGCUGGGCUGGCGAAACAGCCGACGCGAGUGCCGCGGGUCCGGGGCCAGUGGCACCCCGCUCUCAACACCUCGCUCCUCUCGCUCCUCACAAGCCAAGUUGCCCCAGUCCCAUCAUCAAUCCAGCAGUAUGCGCAGCUCCUCGACGCAUGGAUCCGGCUCCAGUCGACGCCAGCCCCGACCGACCGCCGAGCCCUUCCCCGCACCACGGCGGCACCCCACACCCUGCUGCGCCACCGGCGAGCCAAGCCCUCCACCAGCCAGCGAGAUCACCCCGGCGUCUGCCAUCGAUCUCUGUAUAAUUCCCGUCAGACGUCCAACUCGCAUCAUCAUCUCCACGUAGUCUUCCCACCGCCAUGCUGAUGGCCAUUACGCUCCUCUCGGCCAUCAUCCACGCGCUCCUCGCCGCCGGAGCGCCGUCCCCGAUCAAGCGCGGCGCCGCCCUCGCCUCCUCGCGCGCCGUGCUCGCGCCGCUGUGGUCCGAUCCGAGAUGCAGCACCCACUGCACGAUCACGAGCGUUGUCGACGCGAGCUGCUGGCAGGCCGACGAGCUGUGUCUGGCCGUGUGCGACACCACAGCCUUCACGGCCCUCCUAGCCUGCCUCUGGUGUCACCGCGACGCGCGCACCCUGCCCCCCUCAGCAGCAGGCGCUUACGUCGACGCCCUCCUCCUCGACUGCAGCGCGCUCGGCACGCCGCUGCGCGUGGACGAGGCGCUCGCGCGUGCGCUGCUCCGCGUCGGGUCGAGCGAGGCAAGGCUCUACGCCGAGCUGUAUGCCAGCGACCGGCUGGUGCUGCCCGCUCCCGCUGGGGUCGACUUGGCCGAGCUGGGACUGCUGGCUGAGGCGGCACCGACGGCCAGCUAGGUUGUCGAAGCUGGGGGACACAAACAACGAAGAAAAAACGCCGUCAGAGGCCCUGUGGCGCCUGGCGACGCCUCGCCGCCUCCACUCCUUCUCUUCUCGGCUCACGGAGAGGCGUCAGGGAGGUUAGGGGAUCGACUGUGCGCGCUGCUUGCGUCGGGGGCCAGCUGGCCGGUUGGGUCGCCCGAAUCGCCCUGGGAACACUUUGGAUCUCAGUCAUCGCA